GCUUCUUCCAUUACUGAAAAAAACUUGCAGAGAAGGAACAAGAAGGUGAAAAGGGUGAGAAGAGAAAAUGGCUUCUUCAUUGUUGAGAUCGACCUUCCUUCCAUUGAUCCAUUCUCAGGAUGGCCAGUCUUAUGCAAGCUUCCCUCCUAAACCCACCUCCACCACCUUCCUCUCCAAGAAGAAGAACAGGGGAGCAGCAGUGAUAGCUGCUGCAAUGGAAAGUGAGGAGGAGAACUUCGCAAUGGUGGAAAAGUUCAGUGAGAUGAAAGAGAAAAGGAUGCUGGAUUUCUCCGGCAACAAGCCUGCCACUCCGAUUCUCGACACCAUUAAUUUCCCCAACCACAUGAAGAAUCUCUCCCUCCAGGAGCUAGAGAGCUUGGCCGAUGAGCUGAGGGAAGAGAUCGUGUACACAGUUUCCAAGACCGGCGGCCAUCUGAGCUCCAGCCUGGGAGUCGCAGAGCUCACCGUGGCUCUCCACCAUGUUUUCAACACCCCUGAAGACAAGAUCAUUUGGGACGUCGGCCACCAGACUUACCCGCACAAGAUCCUCACCGGAAGAAGGUCGAGGAUGCAAUCGAUUCGCCAGACGUUUGGGCUCGCCGGUUUCCCGAAGAGGGACGAGAGCGAGCACGACGCCUUCGGCGUCGGACACAGCUCCACGAGCAUAUCGGCUGGAUUGGGUAUGGCGGUGGGAAGAGAUCUGCUCGGGAAGGACAACCAUGUGAUUGCAGUGAUUGGAGAUGGAGCUAUGACAGCAGGGCAAGCUUAUGAAGCGAUGAACAAUGCUGGGUACUUGGAUUCCAAUUUGAUCAUCAUCUUGAACGACAACAAGCAGGUUUCUCUGCCGACGGCCACCGUCGACGGGCCGGCGCCGCCGGUCGGAGCUCUCAGCAAGGCUCUGACCCGGUUACAUUCCAGCAGGAAGGUUCGCAUGCUUAGGGAAUCUGCCAAGGAGAUCACAAAGCAGAUUGCUGGGCCGAAGACGUAUGGGCUGGCAGCCAAAGUUGAUAGCUACGUUAGAGGGAUGACUGGUGGGCCAGGGGCAAGCCUGUUUGAGGAGCUUGGGCUGUACUACAUCGGCCCAGUUGAUGGUCAUGAUGUGGCAGACCUUGUCGUCUUGUUGAAGAAGAUCAAGUCCAUGCCAGCUCCUGGACCUGUUCUCAUCCAUCUCAUCACUGAGAAGGGCAAAGGCUAUGCUCCAGCUGAAUCUGCUGCUGAUAAGAUGCAUGGUGUGGUGAAGUUUGAUACAGUCUCUGGGAAGCAGAUCAAGACCAAGACACCAACAAAAUCAUACACUCAGUACUUUGCUGAGUCCUUGAUAGCUGAGGCUGAGCACGAUAAGAAGAUCGUGGCAAUCCAUGCUGCCAUGGGAGGAGGGACAGGGCUGAACUUGUUCCAGAAGCAGUUCCCUGAGAGGUGUUUUGAUGUUGGGAUAGCAGAACAGCAUGCUGUCACAUUUGCUGCUGGUUUGGCUACAGAAGGGCUCAAGCCCUUCUGCACCAUCUACUCAUCUUUCCUUCAAAGGGGUUAUGAUCAGGUUGUUCAUGAUGUGGACCUUCAGAAGCUACCUGUGAGGUUUGCAAUGGAUAGGGCUGGCCUUGUUGGAGCAGAUGGGCCAACACAUUGUGGAGCUUUUGACACAACUUUCAUGGCUUGCUUGCCAAACAUGGUGGUCAUGGCUCCUUCAGAUGAGACAGAGCUCAUGAACAUGGUUGCCACAGCUGCAGCCAUCGAUGAUCGUCCCAGUUGCUUUAGGUACCCAAGAGGCAAUGGCAUUGGCACUGUUCUCCCACUAAACAACAAAGGAACACCUCUCGAGGUUGGGAAGGGAAGAGUGCUUAGGGAAGGAAGUAGGGUGGCUAUAUUGGGUUAUGGAACUAUAGUUCAGAACUGCAUUGAAGCAGCAGACAAGCUUCAAGCUUUGGGGUUCCAGCCAACUGUGGCUGAUGCAAGGUUCUGCAAGCCACUUGAUGGUGAGUUAAUCAGAAUGCUGGCUCAGGAGCAUGAAGUUCUGAUCACAGUUGAGGAAGGUUCCAUUGGUGGGUUCAGCUCUCAUGUCUCCCAUUACUUGGGCCUCAAUGGAUUGCUCGAUGGCAAGCUCAAGUGGAGACCAAUGCUGCUUCCUGACAGAUACAUUGACCAUGGAUCUCAGAAGGACCAGAUUGAAGCUGCUGGGCUGAGCUCAAAGCACAUUGCAGCCACUGUUCUUUCUCUAAUUGGACACAAGGAAAGCCUUCACCUUAUGGAUAUAUAGAUUGUAUGAUAAAAUAAAUUUGUCGAUUCUUUUCUUUAUUAUCUUAUAGGGGAGGGAGAACAACUACAACUAAUUGCAUUAUGUAUUACCAAUGUUUCUUUCAUUGUAUAUUAGGGAAAACCAGUGAAGAGGGUACUUAAGAAAAUAACUAGUAGCUCCCUCCCUUCCUUGUACUUUCAUUAAAUUCAAUCAAUGAUACAAAUGUUGUGCUCCAAGUAUGAAUACAGUCUAUGUAGGGCUAGCCAUGGCCCGACUCGAUCCAAAAUUGAACUACAACGAUAUAGAAUCGUACAAAAUCGUACUCUAUCUGAUUUGAUUAAACUCAAAUCUCAGUUUUGUGUCCUCUCUUCCUUUGUUUCUAAGAAGAUCCAAUGGAAUAUGGCCUGAAAAGGUCUAGAUGGAGUAAUACUCCUGUCAAAUUCGAUCCAAAUGUGAACUCGACAUGGUUCAGUUCAGAGCGGAUUAGAUCGUGGUUCACCCCUAAGUCAAUGCAUGUGUGCAUAAGUUAUAAGAAAACUACAAAAUUUUCUGAAAGCUGAAUGUUUCUUUUUUUUGUUUAUGCUUACAAAUACUCCUCCAAGUCAAUCUCUAGAGGGACAUCAUACCCAUAAACCAUGGAGAAAUCAUCCAAUUCAUCAGAUGUAAACUUUGGUAUUCUCCGGCUCUUGCCAAUUUCAGAAUCUUGUUGGCAAGUGGUCAAAAGCUCCAAAACCUCGCUCAUCGAAGGGCGCCAUGCUGCAGAUUGUCUGACACAGUAUGAAGCUGUUAGCACAACUCUGUACAUUUGGUCUGCUUCAUACUUGCCUUCCAGUUUUGGGUCAGCCAGUUCAGCUACAUUCCCAGCUUCCAUCAGUGGCUUUGCCUGGUUUUGUACCAAGAAACAUAAAACAACAUUAGAAAACAGGUUAAUGCAGUUUAUGUACCAUGUUGUUUCAAAAAACCUUUCCUUGUAUUGUACAUACCCACAAUAGAAGGUUCUGCAUUGAAGAAUCAACAGGCCUUCUCCC